CAAAUUCCAAUAUUAAAUUACCUGUAUCAAUGUUCCUCUGAAGAUGUCAAUAGAGGGAGAAAGAUUGCUUUUUUUGCUCGUUGCUACCUUGAACGUAUUUGGUUCAUUGGCACUUAACAGAGAAAUCUACAUUUCGUCAAAGGAAGAGUGCAAUCAACGUUAUGGUGGGAAUUGCUUGACUAGCCUAAAUGAGGCUCUACAGGAAGGUACAGAGAGCAUAGAUAGAGCACUAUCCAUUACUUUCUUAGGGACUGUGGAGCAUGAUGAGCUACAAAGUGGUGAUGAGACUGUACUAACUGACCUUGAUUAUUUUGAACUUGUGGGCGAAACCAGCAUCGUGACUAUAAAGUGCUCACCAGAAGCAGGCCUGACAUUCAGAUCAAUUGGAGAGGUUGUACUAAAAAAUAUUUUGUUCCUUAAUUGUGGCAUCAAUCAAGUCAGCAGCAGUAAAUACCAGCAUAACAAUUCUUUUAUAAAUUUCACUGUUGCUGUUUACAUGCUGAAUUGUAGCAGGAUCAAUUUAGAACAUGUGCAUAUUAAUUCGUCAAAAGGGACUGGGCUAACAAUAUAUGAUCCACAGGAAUCAGUCGUCAUUACUGAUUCUGUUUUUGUAAACAACAGCCAGAAAGGGCAGACUGGUCCAGGGGGUGGAGGGCUACAGAUUGAGUUUACCUUUUGCUCUCCAGGAAUCAGCACCUGUACAAAUGAUUAUGAUAAACCUGCCCUGUCGGGUGUUACUAUUGUUAUUAACAACACAAACUUUACUGAUAAUAAUGCUACUCAAAGUAAUGAUGGCCUAGAGGAAUUGUUUUACAAGGCACAUAAUGGAAGAAAGCAGGAUUUUACUUUUGGUCAUGGUGGUGGACUUUCUAUUAUUUUUAAGGGAAUCACAGAUAAAAUUUCAGUUAAGAUCAGCGGUGUCAAGAUCAGUGGAAAUGCCGGGACAUUUGGAAGUGGUUUCUAUGUUGCAAUUCAUGAUAAAGCCCAUAGCAAUACUUUGACAUUCAAAGAUGUGACUUUACAGAGAAACAUUAAUUCUCAAUUGCUGAAAAGCACUAGUUCAGAAUCAAGUCAUAUUGAUGGCAGUGGAGGAGGAGGAAAAAUUAUCCUAUCUGGUGAAAAUCUAACUGAAAACAAGAUUUUGAUCUCAAGUUCUCUUUUUGAUUCCAACGGAGGCAUUGCAGGUGGUGGAUUGUCAUUAGAGCUCAAUUUGAAUGAGGGAAAGAAAAAUAGUGGCAGUAACAAUACAGUUUCCAUCUUAAGUACCAAUUUUACUAAUAACACUGCCUUUCUUGGUGCUGCUGCUUAUUUCAGUCAGGAAGUUCUCUCACAUUGCACAGAGUUUUGUGUCAUUGUUUUUCUUCAAAAGCUGCUGGUUAAUAGCAAUAGAAUCUACUGCAAUCUUACCAAGAGUUUACCCUUCUCCUCUCUACCAUGCUCUGGAGUCCUAUACAGUUCUGGAGUUUCACUCGCUCUAAAGUCAUGGAAUAAUUUUACAAGCAAUGUUGGAUCAGCAAUAGAACUUCAUACAACUUACGCUGACAUAAAGAGUAAAACUUUUGUUACUUUUUUCAAUAAUAGUGCUGUUAAUGGUGGAGCUAUGGCAUUGUAUGACUGUAGUUACAUUAUUAUAGGUGAAAGAACAAAAUUUAAUUUCACUGAUAACAGUGCUAAUGUACUAGGAGGUGCAAUCUUUGCUGAUGUCUGCACUUCUAACAAUCAGCCAACGACACUCUCUUCAAAAUGUUUCCUACAAUAUUAUGACUCUUACUACCAUCCAAAUAAUUGGAGCUCUACUUUCAAUUUUGAAGGCAAUACAAUAGGAAUGCCUCGAAGCUACAGUAAUUCAUCCUCACUUUAUGCUGCCAAUGCUAUUUCAUGUUGGUUUCCUCCUGAAAAUAGCAACAAUAAUACAAGCUUAAACACUACUUUCUGCUGGCAACAUUGGCACUAUAAGCCAGGCAAGUGUCAUAAUCAUGUUGAUUCUGCAGCAGCUUUUGUAAAAGUUAAUAAAAUUAUGGUUCCAGCUAUUCCUGGUGGUGAGACAGAGCUACCUAUUACUGUAUGGGAUGGCACUGGAGGGAUUGCUCAACCAGGUCUGAUAGUUUGUGUGCUUUCAGGACCUGCACAAUUUUCAUCAAAACAGCAAUGUAAAUCAACAUUAAAUGGGGAAAAUUCAGUUAUUUUCUACUCAAAAGGAGAUGAAAGCUAUCAUCCUAAUGAUGAGGAUACAGUUCAAUUGAGCAUCACCACAAAAGGUAGAAUGGCACUGCAGGUUCACAUGUCUAUUAAUAUUGAAAAAUGUACUUGGCCUUUAUAUUUGUCUAAUCAUUCUAAUCAAUGUGUACUGAUAGAGGACUAUUACUGCUGCUCUGGCAGAAAUUCCUGUAGCUGCACUACAGAUUGUGAGUUUAAAAAAUUAACUCAAGGCAAAGUGCUUAUUAAGGAAAAAUAUGGUCUUUGCAUUUCUAGAUCUGCAGAUAAUGAAACUCAUGCUGGCCACUGUCCACUCUCAUACUAUGAUUUCUCCUGUAAAGCUUAUUCUAAUAUUAGUGCUCUUCGAAAUGGUCAUUGUGCCAGUAACAGAGAAGGCAUACUUUGUGGGCAAUGCAAGAAAGGCUACUCAAUACCAAUUAAUUCAAUAUAUUUAGAGUGCAAGAAUUGCUCUCACAGCAAAGCCUGGGGUUGGUCAAUGUUCUUUCUUCUUCAGAUACUCCCAGAGACUUUAAUGAUAUUCUUAAUUGUGAUUUUCAACCUGAAGAUUACCAAUGGGUCAAUCAGUGGCUACAUUCUGUACUCGCAAAUAAUCUCAAUUAAUUUCCCUGCUUGGAAUUAUCCAGCAUGGUUGGCUAAUUUGUGGCUUCAUAGCUCUGAUACUUCUAAGUACAAUAGGAUUUUCAGUUAUGCAGCAUUUCCCUUCAGCAUUUGGAACCUUGAUUUCUUCACGCUAACUCAAGAUGUGGAAAUGUGCAUUGGGAGUAAGAUGGGUGCCAUUGAAGUCAUUGCUCUCCAGUAUAUUGUUGUCUUUUAUGCCCUUGCUCUAUUUCUCCUACUAUAUGUCUGGAUUGUAAUGUACCACAAAGGCUACGGUUUUGUAGUGCGGAUUACUAGGCCUAUUCACCAGCAAGCUGCAAGACUCUGGUUGAGAAUGAGAAUAAAGCCAUCAUUGAUAGACUCACUUGCACUUAUCUACAUUCUCUGCUUCACACAACUGACCAGUAUCUCAUUUAAACUCCUGCAUUACAGUACAGAUAAAGAUGUCAUUAAUAACAAAGUUAAAAAAGUAUAUUUUUAUGAUGGGAGCCUAAAAUAUUUUAACUCAUCUCAUGCUAUAUAUGGCUCUUUAGCAAUUGUGGUUCUGUUUCUCUUUGUGGCAUUGCCUACAUUCCUCCUUGUUGUUUAUCAGUUUCGUCAAACACAAAGAGUUCUUAACUGCUUACGCUUACGUAGAGAAAGUUUAGUAGCAUUGGUUGAUGUAUUGACUGGUCCUUUCCGCUACAGCACCAAGAAACUAAGUGACUUUCGUUACUUUGCCGGUCUCUUUCUACUAUUUCGCAUAGCACUCCUCUCUACCUAUUUUAUCUCUUACAAAGGCAAGAAUAUCAUCCCAAUUGUGCAAUUAUUCUUGACAGGUAUUACUGCUGGAGCUGUGAUGAUAAUUCGACCGUACACUGAGAACAUUCACAAUCUCACCAACUUCCUCCUCUUAUUAGUGCUAGCUGGCUUGAUUGCACUAACAUUUGUACCAAUUGACAUAGCAGUAUAUGUAAUCAUACCAGUCAUGUAUGGACCUCUUCUUUUUGCCAUUGCUUAUUGCCUUGUUUGGUUCUGUAAGAAGUCUUUGCUUCUUUUCCUGCCCAACAAAAUGAACAUUAUCAAUGAUAGUGGGAGUCGCUCGAUGAGUAAGAAGAUCAAGUCAUUUUUUGAAAGCAGCAACAGGUCAUCGAGAUCACUACCUGAUCGAAUGAUUCACCCAGAGGAUUAUGACGAAAGACACGUUGAAGUACACGAUAAUGAUGACAACCAUUCUGCAUCUCUUUCUAGUGAUGAUGAAGGAGAAGAUGAGCAAUUAUUACUAGUUGCAUCUACUUAUGGUUCUAACGUGUAUGGAAGUAAUGCUAACAGUCAACGCACUGAAAAUAUAAACUAAUCCUUUGUUACAAAUAUGUGUACAAGGUCAACAAUAACUUACUGUUGUCAAUUUUAACUUUUUCUAUUUUUCUUAAUAGUCUGUGUGAUAAUAUUGCUAUGUUGUGAUGUUUUCAUUUCAUGUGAGAUUAAUUAUGUGUGACAUAUUGAUAAAUAUUA